AAAAGUGAGAUAAUCAAAUUGAAAAAGAGAGAAUAGGAUAAAAGGAGAAAGGAAUUUGGAAUGUUGAUCCAUAAUGAAUCUUGCUGUUCAAUAUAUUUCCAUAUCAAACACUUCAUUGCAAUCUGAUUCUUGUACACCCCAAUAUAUCACCAAUUUUUUAUUUUUAUUUUCCAUUAAUAAUUACAGUUUCAAGAACAACAAAGAAAAAAAACCCAAAAAUGGGCGGUGUAACCUCAUCAAUGGCAGCAAAGUUUGCAUUUUUCCCACCAAACCCACCUUCAUACAAGCUUAUUAAAGAUGAUCUCACUGGUCUUUUACUCCUUAGCCCUUUUCCACACCGUGAAAAUGUUGAAGUACUUAAGUUGCCUACUAGGAAAGGUACUGAAAUUGUGGCUAUGUAUGUUAGGCAUCCUAUGGCUACCUCAACUUUACUGUAUUCACAUGGAAAUGCAGCAGACUUGGGUCAGAUGUAUGAGCUUUACAUUGAAUUGAGCAUCCAUUUGAGGGUCAAUCUCUUGGGGUAUGACUACUCUGGAUAUGGACAGUCAACUGGUAAGCCCAGCGAGCAGAAUACCUAUGCAGAUAUUGAAGCUGCUUAUAAGUGCCUUGAAGAAAACUAUGGUACAAAGCAGGAAGAUGUUAUUCUUUAUGGCCAAUCAGUUGGUAGUGGGCCUACUUUGGAUCUUGCAGCUCGUCUGCCACGAUUAAGAGCCGUCAUUCUGCAUAGUCCCCUUCUUUCAGGUUUACGAGUUAUGUAUCCUGUCAAGCGCACAUACUGGUUUGACAUUUACAAGAAUAUUGACAAGAUCCCUUCGGUUAGUUGUCCGGUGCUCAUCAUUCAUGGAACUGCAGAUGAAGUAGUAGAUUUCUCACAUGGCAAACAGCUCUGGGAAUUAUGCAAGGAGAAGUAUGAGCCUUUAUGGAUCAAGGGAGGGAACCAUUGUGACUUGGAGCUCUAUCCAGAGUAUAUCAGACACCUAAAGAAGUUUGUUGCAACUAUUGAAAGGUCCCCAUCGCAGAGGAUCAGUUCCAGGAAAAGCACAGACCAGUUUGAGCCACCUAGGAAGAGUACAGAUGUUUUUGAAGCUUCAAGGAAAAGCACUGACCGUAGAGAAAAACCGAGACAAAGUACAGACAGGUCUGAGAAGUUAAAGAAUCAUUCCGGUAAUGCUAUCACAGACAAACUAGAAAAACUAAGGGUACAAAUGGAGAGAUCUCGGAGAAGUGUGGAUUGCACUGAAAAAUCAAGGAAAAGUGUCGAUCACUCAUUAGAAAGAGCUCGGAAGAGUGUUGAUAGAAUGGAGAGAAUACGAACGGGUUGAUACUUGAACCAAAGUGUAAAAUUUUCUUCAAAGUUUGAUGGUGUGGGGAAAGAGUGCAAUGAGUUGGUUAUUAUUUAUGGUUUUCAAGAUCUGCAUUGGUCUGUAAAAAUCCUUUAAAAUAAUUAGUGCCUGAAUCAAAGAGUGAAUGUUAUAAAUUUACUCUUUCCUA